CGGGCGGGGGCCGCGGGGAGCAGGUCUUUUUGUGGCGCUGCUGUGUGUGUUGAGUGGCUGUGAUGUCCGGUCGCGGGAAGCAGGGCGGGAAGGCGCGGGCCAAGGCCAAGUCGCGCUCGUCGCGGGCCGGGCUGCAGUUCCCCGUGGGCCGCGUGCACCGGCUGCUGCGCAAGGGCAACUACGCGGAGCGGGUGGGCGCCGGCGCCCCGGUGUACCUGGCGGCCGUGCUGGAGUACCUGACGGCCGAGAUCCUGGAGCUGGCGGGCAACGCGGCGCGCGACAACAAGAAGACGCGCAUCAUCCCCCGCCACCUGCAGCUCGCCAUCCGCAACGACGAGGAGCUCAACAAACUGCUGGGCAAGGUGACGAUCGCGCAGGGCGGGGUGCUGCCCAACAUCCAGGCCGUGCUGCUGCCCAAGAAGACCGACAGCCACAAGGCUAAGACUAAGUGAAGACAUUUUAGAUUAAUCAGAAAACAAAACAGACAACAAAAGGCUCUUUUCAGAGCCACCCACAACCAUCAUAAAGAGUUGAGUCACUGCAGUUUCACUUCUGAACCCAGGCAGAAAUAUUAGCUGUUUUCUCUUUAUUGUUUGAUUUAAUUUUGCUUUUGUGUUCCUGCCUGUGUAAGUGUUUUGGUUUUGUUUUUUUUUCUAGAAAUUUUUAUUAUUACUAAUUUUUAGUUCCUUUUUUUUUUAAAAAAAACCAAACUCUUGUCUAACAAGGUAUUCAACUUAACUGCUUAUCUUUUUUUCUUUAGAAUUUUUUGCUCUUUUAUUUUUAAUAAAAUAUAAUUUGAGUGAGCCAACUUUUAACAUCAGUGGUGGCGGCUAUAUUUUUAUAUGGUGUUAGAAUAAACAUUCUACGCCCCAGUAGGUGAAGUCUUACUUUGCUUUAAGUACUCUGGUAUAUUUAUUAGAGCUUGAUACAAAACGAAGUCUUUGUAUCAAUCCAGGUUAACUUCUGUCCCACCGUGGAGUAUCAAAGAGUAACCGACCGUUGUUGCAACUCGGGGCAGUGCAGAGUUUCCAGACUCUGGGGGAGGAGUGUGGGUAAAGCACAGUCUUAAAACAAACAAACAAGCCCUAGAGAAGUCACGCGGUCCUGGCAGGGAGCCUGAACAUAUUCUUUCGCAACAGGAUGGAUGUUCCGAUCCCCGCCUCGGGCUCCUUCUUGAUUUCCUUUUUCCGCUGCUUUUUAACGCUUUCAUACGAGGGAGUCCCGAUGGCUUUUUCUCGCAGAAUUAACUCUGUAGAGCACUAGGAAAGUAUUUCAGGCACGGGAAGGUUACGUAGGUUCUCGGCAGCGUGCUUGAUCGGACAUACCACUACGCUGAGGGCUGCUGCUUUUAACUUCGUUUUUCU